AUGGUGAGUAAGGAAGAGUUUGAACCGAUAAUAGAUGUGGAUAUUAAUGGUAUCGAAGCAGUAGCAGUCAUUGAUACAGGUAGUGAGAUGUGCGCCAUAGCAGAGAGGCUUUCUGACCAAAUUAGAGACCAGGAAGAACCGCUACAAGGAGUUAGAGUCGUGGGUGCAGUAGGAGCAAAAAGCAAGUUAAUAAAAAACGAAGUGUUAUUGGAGGUGAGAUUUCAAGGAAUUGUAUUAGAAGUUAAUGCUAUAGUGCUACCUGACCUUUGCAUAGGGCUUAUAUUAGGGAUGGAUUUAUUGGUAGACCAUGCAGCUGUUGUAGAUUUAGAGAGGGGUAGUGUGAUCCUGACGGUAAAUGGUAUUAGAAACGAGUUUAAGUUUGGCAGGGCCAUUGAAGCAAAAGAGAAGGCGCAGGGAAAAUUCUACCUGAAAACAAUGCGUGAGAGUUUCCAGCGGGAUGCAGAUUCGAAGGGGAGUGAUUGUAUGAAAGAGAGACGAGAUCCAGUUGAGGCAGAAUGGUCAAUAGAAGAUAUCAGAGCUAAAUUAAAUAACAUCGAUGAUAUGGACCAAGGUUCAAAACAAGAACUAGGAGAGUUGCUGAGAUCAGACGUGACUGUAGAAGAAAAACGGGAAUUAGUGUUAAGCAGGAUGAAAGCAAAAGGGUCUUAUCGGAAGGCAAGGCAUGAUAGGAAUAUUGUACCCAGGAAUAUGUAG